AUGGGAAACUCCAGCAGUUCACAGAAGAUCUCGGCGCAGGAUCGGGCGAUUCUUGACCUCAAGAAUCAGCGCGAUAAAAUAUACCAAUACCAGAAACGUAUCACCGUCCUCACCGACCGAGAGACUGCGAUCGCGAAGGAAUGCCUCGCACGCAAUGAUCGGCGGCGAGCACUGCUCGCUCUGCGGCGCAAGAAAUACCAGGAAUCGCUACUCUCCAAAACUGACAGCCAGCUCGCUCAACUGGAACAGUUGACGGGGCAGGUGGAAUUCGCGCUGGUGCAGAAGGAUGUGCUGUUUGGGCUGCAGCAAGGUACCCAGGUGCUGCAGGCGAUCAACAAGGAGAUGGGCGGAAUUGAAGGCGUGGACCGGCUGAUGGAGGAGACAGCAGAGGCGCGCGCUUAUCAAGAGGAGGUGAGCCAGAUGCUGGAGGGCCAUUUGUCGACGCAGGACGAGGAGGAUGUCGAAGACGAAUUGGAGGCUUUACGACAGGAGGUUGCUGGACCUGUCGACCUGCCGGCUGUUCCCCACACUGUUCCCCAGUCGCCUCUCCCCGCACAUCCCGACGAAGUUCAAGAGCCAGCACAAGAACAAACCGAGGCCAAGGCUAAGACCAAAGCUCGAACGCCUGUCUUGGCGGCCUGA